GAGCGUGAAUUCGUGUUCCGCGUUUUCGUUUCACCCGCUGUUUCGCUUGCAACCGCAGCACACUUUAUCGAAUUUCGGUGCUCGAUCCAUCCAUUCCUUCUUUUCUGUGAUAACUACAAGCUGUUGGUGAUUAUCUAGCAGUGCUGUUGGCUUUGUUUGGUUGUUUGUUUCUGGCCCUGUUAAUCAUCAACACCGGGCGGAGCAUCGUUUGUGUCCAUCCCUGGUUCUACUAUCGCGUGUAUCUCCCUUCCUUGUGCAAUAGCUGGGCCUUCCUUCCGCAGUCGGCCCACGGUAUAAUUUAAUUAGCUCCCUUUUAUUUGGUCAAAACAAUAAAACAAAAACGCCCCUACCGCUAUGUCUUCCGACUGGGAGGUUGUUGGCAAACAGAAGAAAUCCCGUAAACAGACGGGCGGCGGCGACAAAAAAACGCAAUCCCAGAAUGGAUCCGAGAGUGCUCCAAAAAUAGAAGAUAUGGUUGAUAUGGAUGAAAUUUGUUCCCUGUACACCGACGUGAAGGACGAUGUGUUUGCAAAGCUUCACGGCUUGAAGGACGCGGCAAACGGCGGGAAGGCCGACCCGAAAAAGACUGCUAUCGCCGCGAACGGCAAGCGCACGGCAACACCUGUACGCGAUCCGCAGCAGCCGGGCGGUAACAAAAGCAAUCAGAAGGAACCAGAACCCGCCAAACAGACGGUUCCGUCGAAGCCAACUUACAGGAAUUUGGAUGCGGCCUUACGUGCGAUCAGUGCCCCCGAUCUGCACUCCCAGCUUACGGCCGUGAACGUGAGCUUCAAGGACAAUCAUUUGAUGCUGCUGAAGGCGCUUACUGGUGUACUGAACGACAAGCUGCGGGUGGACGAAACGGACCCACUGUACAGCAACAAACCGGCCAGCUAUCCGUACAAAUCGAUGCCCCAACCGUUGCGCGAUGUUAUCGACGAUUGUAUCGCGAAGGCUAACGAGGAGAAUGGGAAAUACUUUUACGACCUAACGCUAUCGAAUUUGGCCAGUGACAUGAACAAGGGUUUACCCUAUCUGGGCCACAAGCUAAUACUGCAGGCAAUAGCGAUCCACUAUCCGGCGGCGUGCGUUAACAAUCUGGCCCGCAAUGCAAUCCUGCGCAAUUCGUACCAGAAUCGUAACAAUAUCGGGCUCAGCUUACUGUGGGCUUUAGGGCAGGGUGGGUACAGUGAUCUGGACGUGGGGCUGAAGGUGUGGCAGGACAUUAUGGUGCCGGUGAUGGAACUGAAAAACUACAACCGGUACACGUGUGAGUACGUACAGCGUAUCCUGAAGCUGCAUCGAUCGCACAGACUCAACCUAGGCGGCAGCGAGUUCCUCACCAUCCUGAGCUCAUUGACGACGCAGCCGAAAGCGAACCGGGAGCUGGAUGAAGCCGCCCAACUGCUGGUCGAACGGUACGUGUUUAGCGCGCCGAAAGCAUCGGCCACGUUUGCGAUGCUGUUCAAGAACGUCUCCUUCAUCACGCGACCGGAAAUGAUUUACUACGGGCUGGCGCUGUGCCUUUUGGAAGAUCCUGAAAGUGCUGCCGUGUGGUUGGGUCUGUACCGGCAGAAUGUGGAAACUUCGCUCGCAAUUUUGAGCUACCUAAAUACUUCGACUCAAAAAUAUUGUAGUAAACUAUUAGGGGAGGAUCACUUUAUCAGAUUUUUAUCGGACGUGGAUAAGCUGAACGAAGAACUACUACAGUCGAAGAAGAAACCGGAAGGACUGAAAACGGUCACAAGUAUACUCAAGGAAGUUCAGGGCAAAUCGAAGAAGAAGCAAUCGUCCAAAGCGAGCAGUAAAUCUUCUUCCUCGGUGACGUCCGUCCUCUGCAGCUUCCUGCUGGCCACAUUCCUGCUGUUCGGUGUUACAGGCGCCCUCAUAGGCUACGACACGUACCGGGCCGGCGGCAAGUUCGAGGCUUCGUUCACCGGCCAGACGCUGAAGCAGGCGGGCCUGCUGCCGGCAGUACAGGACGCAUGGACCUGCACGAUGAAGUACAGUGCCCGCGGCUACAAGUGGGCCGAAGCAAACGUACCGGUGUACUAUCAGGCUACCAGCAAGGCCCUUGGACCAUACGUAGAAUUUUCGAUAGAUUUUGGUAAAGUUCUCUGGAAUGGCACGAAGAAGGGUUUCGCCAAUGCUAAGCUGCUGGUCGAACAGAAGCUACCAGUGGUGGCCAAUUUUAUCGAACAGUACGCACCGGGACUGCCGAAGAAGAUCGGGGAUGCUUCAUGCUUGCUGUGUGACACCGUGAGCACCUUCGCGGUCAAUGCGUACAAGCAUACGUACGAGUUCUUCAAAACACAGGUGUUUGUUGGGAAACUUUCCAUGGAAAGCUUGGGAAAAGCCUUCAACAGUACCCAACAGGCUGCUGCACUGUACUAUAGUUGGUUCAACGAUCAGGUGGAUUUCUACGCCAAACUCAAGUAGAACGAGCGUCAUACCGUCAGCAGUAGCAGCAGCAGCAGCAGCAGCAGCAACCACAACAGCAAGCACAGCCGCUACCGCCACAAUAUCCCCUAAUCGAGCUCCUUGGCGCAGCACCGGAGAGCGCUGCUGUGUUUUCCGACGACGGUACUGCGAUUGUUCCGUCACCACCAACGUCAUCAUUACCAUCGUACGAACCGCGCAGCAGCUUAAGCUAGGGCAAAGGAGCGUUAGGGGAUGGGAAAGUGUGUAUCAUUUAGGGAAAGUGAAAAGUGUGUGUGUGUGUGUGUGUGUGUGUGUGUAAUUGUUUCUAGCAAUAAGAAAAUGAGCGAGAGUAGGGACCGAGACACAUUAAAAGUCAUAUGUACGUACGUACACAAAGCGGACGACGAAACCGGGGGGCGGGUUGAUCAUCUUCCGCUGCAAUUCAAAUGCUUAACACGUGGGAAGGAGCAGUCAGCUCACUCGCCAUCAAACCCGCAAGGGACGGAGAAUUUUCCUUUUUAAUCCUCACCCGGAAGGAGUGAUCCUCACUCUAGACUGUGUGUCUGUAUUGUGCGUACGUAUUUUGGUAUGUUUGCUGUAUGCGUGUGCGUAUGUGUGUGUUUGUUUGCGUUAAGCUCGUUAGUGAGUGUUUCAUACAAUCAACAUCAUCCAUCUGUCCCCUCCAACCCCUUAAGCCCGCCCCCCCCCCCCCUCUCCCUCACACAUGUCCUGUCUGCAUACUAGUAUGUGUGCAUUUUGUUUAGUGUUAAAUAAUGACCUUGGAAGGAACAAAAAUCGCACGGGGGACAGACUGAGACACGGGACACAGUGGCAAGCAAUUUAAUUUGAUGCGUGGCAAGACAAAGAAAGACGAACGAUCGAACGUGUAAAUGAGCCAUAAAGUAAAACAAACUCCCCCCCCCCACUCCUUUUUUGUACGGCUGCUAGCUAGUGAAGAGACAAGGAAAAAUGCGUCAGUCAACAUGCAGAGAUGCAUAGAGGCAAAGAUUGUGUAAAGUGUAGCGUUUCCCCCCCGAGAGGCGGGUGGGGACGCUUUCUCAGAUAGACAGACUUUUUUUAAAAAAAUAUUCUUUUUCUUUCUAAUUUAAGAACCAAUACUACUCACACACACACACACACGUACACUCACGCAUUGUAAAACGCAUCAACAAGUCAAUAAUGGGCGCUGUAUGUUAAAUGAAACGUUGAUUGAAACAACAAUAGCUCGCGCAACUCUCUCUCUCUCUCUCUCUGUUUCUGUGUGAGCGAAAGUGUUAAGCCGAUCCUUCAAUCUGCCCCAUACCCUCCACCCACUCCCCCACUCCGUUCAUAUGGUUAACCACCAUCGGCAGCAUGAUGUCGGAUCAAAAUUCAUACCAUGAAACCAGCGCGAAAGAGACAUUAAAAUUGAACUACAAACUGAG